AUGGCCCGCGGCGAACGUGUCAAGAAGCCCUGGCGCCUGAGCACGCUGGACAACUACUUCAUUGACGACCGGGCUGCGAUGGUCGACCGCGACCCAGAAGCGAACUUUGUGCUGAGCGUGACUAAGUACGCCGAUGACGAGUAUAAGCCCUUGCAGCUGCCUGCGAAUCCGAGAGGGCGACCGAAGCGCGUCACCGGGACUGCACGUAUCUCGCAGCGACAGGCGUCCAAGAAGGCGAAAGAGAGAACAUCCAUGCUCUAUGAGGAGUACGGACAGCCCAUAGAUGAAGACGAGGUAUCGAGCGAGGACUCGCCUGUCAAGGGACAGAUUGCAGAGAAGCAGGCUGAGGUGUUCGUCGCAACGAUCAGACCCUGUCAACCGGCCGCAACUUACUCACCAACCCAGAAGCCCAGCUUCGUGUCGAUGACUCGUCAGGCACCAUACAGCUGUACGCCGUAUGUACUGACUGAGAGAUCAACUUCAGGCAAAGCUGUUCGAAAGCGUGGGGCUAAGACCAACGCUGCCGCACCACGUAAAAGAGCACGUCGAAAUCUUCUCCAAGACAGAGAAGAUCUCUCCGAUGACAGGGAGGUCACUUUGGGCCGAGAGAUUGCUGGUAAAACCAGCAAUGAUAUUGCAGAAGUGGACAAGGUUGAGGAAGUCAUACAUGUGGUCGUGGGUCCAAUGACACAGGCAGCGCCCGCCAGCGCGGCGCCGUCGCAACCUACUCUCCUCAAAGCGCCGGGACCGGUGGAAAGCCGACCAGGAGCUGUUCCAGGAAACGACGGACAGGACACACAGCACAACAAGACGGACAAUCCAGGCACACCUGUUGAGAGCCGGAGCGGAUCGGUCGAAAGCCGCAUCGAUAGCAUCAGUUUACGAUGGGGCCAAGUCGAGGAAAUCAUCGUCCAUCAAAGGUUCGUGAACGCAGCGUAUCUGACGAUGGCGGGACUACGGAGCAGCAUUGUUGACGACUUGGCGCGCGAGUUUGGCAUCAUCGACUAUGCAGACAUCACUGAUCAUCUGAACGAGAUCCGGCGCAACGAGCAUGAGGGCGCAAGAGUUGAAGCUGCAAGAGGGCUGGGGAGAGUGGUCAUGGACCGUAUGAUUGUUAGUAAGUGA